AUGGAUUCUUCAAAUAUAAAGAGAAAAGAAUCUGCGGAUACGAAACGGGAAAAUGUACCAGAAGCUAGCGUGGACAAUCCUGACGAACACAAGUCUGUAGCUGAUAAUCGAAUUCUACUGGAACGCCUGUCAGACGUGGGGCAGUUUAUUCACGUACGUGCGGAAAUAUGGUUUUGGAAAAUCGAGGCGGUAUUCCGAAUCGCGGGAAUAACGGAUCAAAAGGUAAUGGCAGAUGCUGUCAUUGCAUGCUUGGAUCAGGAAGUCAUGCUGAUCGUAAAAGAUUUAGUCCGCAAGCCGCCUCGUGUCAAGCCGUACCAAAAACUUAAAAACAGAAUUAUGCGUUCGUGUACCACGGCCGCUAAAACUAGACUAGAUAAGAUUCUUGAAGUCCGCCAUGAUGAACACUUUAAGCCAUCGCAAAUGCUCAGAGAAAUGCAUAUGAUAAAUGAUGGUACUCUCAAUGAGUCGGAUAUACGCACGUUGUUCAUGCAGCACAUGCAGGAGAGAUGUCGUAAAAUUUUAGAAGCAUCUCAAAUUACUGAUGUGGAACAGCUGGCAUGUUUGGCCGAUGCUGUGGAAGAUGUUUUGAGUCGAUGA